CGAGUAUCUUUGCUUGAACGCCGAAGUCUCGCGAGAACCACCGACGUCACAGGAUAAUGGCUGAAGAUCGCGGAUAUUAGAAGAGAAAGCUACAAUUUAAGAGAUAAAGAGGAGCUGGUGGAGCAAACACACUACUGACGCUCUGACAUUGGAUUUUCACCAGCAGAGAUGGCUCAUGUCACCAAUCAUGGGAAGCUGCUGUUGCAGCGCCUACAUCAGCAGCGAGAGAUGGACUUCUUGUGCGAUAUAACCAUAAUGGUGAGAGACGUGGAGUUCAGAGCCCACCGCAACAUCCUGGCUGCGUUCAGCAAGUACUUCUCCGCCCAGGCUGAAAAGGGUCAAGAUGUCACAACGUUGGACCCCGAUAAGGUCAGCCGCUACGCUCUGGAGAAACUCCUGGAGUUCAUCUACACCGGACAGAUGAACCUCAGCAGUACCAGACAAGCCGCGGUGCGCCGAGCGGCAGUGUUCCUGGGGAUGUCCGAGGCCACGAAGUUUCUGGAGGAAACGUCCCACUGGUCCGAGCUGAGCGAAACGUCCCAGUCCGAGGCCGAUAAAGAAGCCGGUCUCUCUCCUUCCAGCCCGGCCUCUCCUGGCAGCGCCAGCUCUCCCGUCCCCCUGUCCAUUGUCUCCGUCACAGGGGAGUACCAGGAGGACGGCCAUGCCGGCGACAAGACGGGCGACCAGCCCAGAGAUGGAGAGGCGGAAGAGGGAGAGGGAGAGAAAAGCGACGGAGAGUACACCCCCACUACGCCAAAGAGCGUCGGAAGAGGACAGGGAAGGAAGAGAGGCCGACCGCCGAAGAGUUUGAGUGGCGAACAAACGGUGGAGCCGAGCAGCUCGGUUGACGGCACGCCCAAAACCCAGGGCUACAGGGGGAGAGGGAGAGGAAGAGGGAGAGGGAGGGGGAGGGGGAGAGGCAGAGGCAGAGGGAGAGGUGGAUUCAAAAGUGAAGAUGUGUCUUUGGAAGAUUCAGACGCAGAUGGGAGCGUGAAGGAUUUAGGGGACACCUCCGAGGACUGGAGCCCUUCUCUGGAGGACGAGACUCCGUCUAAGAAGCCUCGGCCGAGCAGCGGGGAGGGGAGGAGGGGGAGAGUGAUGAAGGAGGAGGAGGAGGAAGACGAGGACAGCGGCGGCGCGGGGACGGACGACGGCGGCGGCGAGCGAGAGGAGGGGGAAGUCGGGGAACAGGAUGCGUCCGAAAUGGACGAGAUGACGCUGUCGUGCACCGAGUGCAACAAACUGUUCAAAGACGUGAGCAGCCUGCGCCGGCACGAGAAGAUCCACAAGGGCCUGAAGCCGUUUGUCUGCAUCUUCUGCUCCAAAAACUUCAGACAAGCCACGCAGCUGAAAACACACCUGCGCAUCCACACAGGCGAGAAGCCGUUUAAUUGCUCCAGCUGCGACAAGUGUUUUGCCCAGAAGUGUCAGCUGGUUGCUCACCGCCGGAUGCACCACGGCGAGGAGAAGCCGUACACCUGCGAGCGCUGCGGAUUCAAGUUCGCCACCUCGUCCAACUACAAAAUACACAUCAGGCUGCACAGUGGCGAGAAGCCGUACGUCUGUGACAUCUGUGGUCAGGCGUUCGCUCAGUCGAGCACGUUGACCUAUCACAAGCGCCGACACACCGGAGAGAAACCGUACCAGUGUGACCUGUGCGGCAUGUCCUUUUCUGUCUCUUCUUCUCUCAUCGCUCACGCACGAAAACACACCGGUGAGACGCCGUACAAAUGUUCCCAGCCGCAAUGUGCCGCAAGCUUUGUGACGUCUUCCGAAUUGAAGAAACACAUGAGGCGCCUUCACCCGGAGGGGAACAACGGUGUCCAGUGUCUGCUGUGUGGAAACAGGUUCGCCAGCGUGAAGAACAUGAUCAAACACCAGGAGAAGGCUCACGCUGAUGAAGUGCGGCAACACAAGGAGAGAGCCAGAGCAGUAGUCCUCCUGGCUUCCAGCCACCCUGUGGCCUUCGUCCAGAGCAAACUCUCCCAGGAAAACAAAGGAAUGGCUUCCAUCCCGGAAGACGAGCCCUCCAACCCCGAGCCGACCACCCCGAACCCGAAAGCAUCGGCUCCAUCUGCCGCCACGGCCGCCGCCGCCACGGCAACCACCACCACGGCCACCGCCGACGUGCAGGACUUCAAGGCGGAGCCGGCUAACCCCGCCAACGAGCAGGUGACCUACGAACCGGACCAGGAGCAGACCAUCAACUCGGACACGCUCCACGCCCUGGUGGAGCAGCUGAGGCCACAGCCCUCUCCGGCCCCGAGCCUGGAGCAGAUCGUCAUCAUCAGGACGGUGGACAACCCUCCGCAGCAGUGAGGCCCGAGCCAACAGGCCGCCACGUCCGUUUUUUUUAACAUACAAGCCACAGUCAGCCCACUGCACUCACAUUCGUGCGUGUAUAUACAGUACAGGCCAAAAGUUUGGACACACCUUCUCAUUCAAUGUGUUUCUUUAUUUUC